CCGAUUCCAGAAAACUGGACUUCUUCGUCAGUGCACUGUGCAUCGAAAGAGAGGAGAAAAAAGAAAGACAGAAAGAGAAUGGGAUCGCUUGCCGGUUCGAGAUCACAAAAACCACACGCAGUGUGCGUGCCGUACCCGGCACAGGGACACAUCAACCCCAUGCUGAAGCUGGCAAAGCUUCUCCACGUCAGAGGCUUCCACGUCACCUUCGUCAACACAGAGUUCAACCACCGCCGUCUCCUCCGUUCACGUGGCCCUCACGCGCUCGCCGGACUUCCCUCCUUCCGGUUCGAGACCAUCCCCGACGGUCUACCGGAGACCGACGUGGACGCGACGCAGGACAUCCCCGCCCUCUGCAAGUCCAUCAUGGAGAACCGCAUGCUGGCUCCGUUCAGAGAGCUCCUCCGGCGAGUAAACUUCGCCGGAAAGGAGAUUCCGGCGGUGAGCUGCGUCGUGGCGGACGGUGCAAUGAGCUUCACCGUCGACGCGGCGGAGGAGCUUGGGGUUCCGGUAGUUCUUCUGCGGACAAACAGCGCAUGUGUUUUCAUGUUGUACCUCCACUAUCAUCACCUUAUCCAAAAGGGUUUAAUUCCUCUUAAAGACUAUAAUCACUUAGAUAGUAAAAUAGAUUGGAUACCGUCCAUGAAGAACUUCCGACUCAAGGACUUGCCGAGUUUCUACAAGACAACGAACCCUAACAACACGAAUUUUAAGUUCGUCCCGCACGUGAUGGAACGAGUCAAACGAGCUUCCGCUGUCGUCAUCAACACAUUCGAUGACCUCGAGCAUGACGUCAUCCUGUCAAUGCAGUCGAUUAUUCCACCGGUUUACCCGAUCGGACCGCUCCACCUCCUCGUGAACCGGGAGAUUGAGAAGGACAGCGAGAUCGGACGGCUGGGAUCAAACCUGUGGAAAGAAGACACGGAGUGUUUGUCGUGGCUCGACACAAAGGCCCCCAACACGGUCGUCUACGUCAACUUCGGGAGCAUAACGGUGAUGUCGGAGAAACAGCUGCUGGAAUUCGCGUGGGGUUUGGCGGGAAGCGGGAAGGCGUUCUUGUGGGUAAUCCGGCCCGACCUCAUCGCCGGAAAAUCGGCGGUGGUUCCGCCGGAAUUCAUGGUGGAGACGGCGGAGAGGGGAAUGCUCGCGAGCUGGUGCCCACAAGAGGAGGUUCUUUCUCACCCAGCGGUCGGAGGGUUCUUGACCCAUUGUGGCUGGAACUCGACGCUGGAGAGCAUCUCCGGCGGAGUUCCGAUGAUAUGUUGGCCGUUCUUCGCCGACCAGCCGACCAACUGUAAGUUCUGUUGCGACGAAUGGGCUGUCGGAAAGGAGAUCGGAGGAGAUGUGAAGAGAGAGGAGGUCGAGGCAGUGGUAAGAGAGCUUAUGGAAGGAGAGAUGGGGAAGAAGAUGAGAGAGAAGGUGAAAGAAUGGCGGCGCUUGGCGGUGGCUGCCACCGCGACGCCGUCUGGUUCAUCGUUCGCGAAUUUAGAGACGGUGGUCGAUAAGGUUCUUUUAAUCCACAAUUAGUUAUAAUUAAGUCAUUUUUUUUAUGUGUACGUAUAUGUAUGUGGUUCGUGAUUAUUAUUUUUUGUAAUUUUUAUAUUUACAUAUGUACUGGGAAUUAUAUAUGGAGAUAACUCCCGAUAAUACGAAAGGGGCCAACAAUAUAAACUUGUUGUGUUUAUAUUGUGUUUGUCAUAUGGACGACAUUUUGAGAUUUGGUAUUAUAA